CGGGCGCUGGCGUCUGGGCCCGCGCCGGAAACUGUGUCAGCCGAGGAGUGGCCAGGAGCCGGAGUCUCGCCAUGGCGCGCCAGGUGACCAUCACCUUCAAGGACCUGGCCGUGCGGUUCUCCGAGGAGGAGUGGCGGCUCCUGGAGGAGGGACAGAGAGAAUUCUACCGUGAGGUGAUGCGUGAGAACUACGAGACCCUGGUCUCUGUGGGGACAUCCGAGCUGCUUCCUCUCUCUGCUUUCCUGUCACCCAUGGAGCCUGGAAGAGCUGUGCUGGGAAGGGAACGUGCUGCAAAAGGACAAGAGCUGCCUGCUGGGGGAGCCCCCCAGGGAACACAGCCCCAGCAUAGCCUGCACCUGAGCGCCCUGGUGCAGCUCGUGAAGGAGAUCCCGGAGUUCUUAUUCAGGGAAGCCAAGAGCACUGUGGACGGCCCUGAGAGCCGAGCAGCCGGCCUGGAUGGGGACAGAGCGAGUCCUGAGGUUACAGCUGUGACAAUAGAAAACUGUCCUCUGCAAGGUCAGCUUAGCUGCCUUCCAGAAAGCCCCAGUGACCAACACAGCCUGGCCACCACGCCCACCAGCAGCUCAUCGUCCAGUGGCCUCCCUGGAGACAAGGGGCGGGAAAGUCCCCUUCCCAUUGCAGAAGCUGUCAGUAAACCAUGGUCUACAGGGAAGACAAGCCCAGGCUCUCCAGGUGGGGAGCCCAGCCCUCCUACCUGUAGCCCCAGCAGGAGGAAGAGCCACAGAGAGAUCCUGAGGACAGGAACCUCUCCUAGGAGCAGCCCCUUACAGGGCCUCAUCGGUGCUCAGAAAGAGAUCCCUGUGCCCAGUCCCCAGCAUCCUGAGGUGGCACCCAAACCACUUCCCCCUCUGCCCGGCCUGGUGUCAUCAAAGCUGCCCAGAGUGGAGCUGGGACCCGUCAGCCUGCCCUGGCCAGUGAAGACAGAGGCAGUCUCAAGGGACUGUCCCCUCCAGGGCCUGCUGAAUUGCCUGAAGGAGAUCCCAGAGGCCCCGGGCAGGCGUCCCAGUCCCUCUGGAGCAGAGGAGCCCCUGCUGCAUGAGGAGCCAGGAGCCUGGAGAAGGACUUGUGCAGGGCCUGGACGCCAGCAGACACCGCCUCUCCGCCCUGGCCCUGGCAGCAUGCUCACUAUGGUCAAGAUGGAGGACAGUUGGGCCCAGAGUCCACUAGUGCCCACCACCUGCCAAGUUGGCAGGCAGACUUAUAGCCCCUCCACCUCCAGAGACAACAAAGGGGUCCGAGGACCCGGCUGGGGCCCCAUAGCUCAAGCUGGCAGGGCCUCAAGCUCACCUCUGGAAGCCCUGGAAGCCUGUCUGAAGGGCAUCCCCCCAACUGCAUCAUCCCUUCCCCUGCCACUGGUCGCUUCUUGGUCCCAGAGCCCCCAACCAGGAGACCCUGGGUCUCAGAGGCCCGAGCCACAUUCCCACGGAUCGCAAAGUGAAGAGGUGACCAAGGAGCCUGUCCUGCCUCUGGCCCCACGGGGCUGUGUGAGAGAAGGCCCUGCCCGGCCCUCAGGCCCCCGAGGCACCCCUACCGGCUUCUCCUCUGCCAGCAGCACUGAUGGGGACCUAGAUUUCAUGAGCCCUGCCAGGAGCCAGGGGCAGUGGCCCAGAAAGGGAAGCCCACCAGGAAGCUCCCCACUCCAGAGUCUAGAGAACUGUCUCAGAGAGAUCCCUGUGCCCAGGUCACAGCCUGCCUGGCCCUGCUCCUCGGCAGCAGACAGGGGACCAAGGAGAAUGGACCUCAAGAAUUGGGCGGCAGACAAGGAAGCACUGAGGAGCGAGUCCUGUGAGCCAGCUCAUCCUGGACAAGGUGGGGGAGAAGUGCCUGCCAGGAGCCUCCAUCUGGCCAACCCACAAGCCUUGUCCAGCUGUGCCCCCGCCUGCCAUCCACGAGGGACCCGAGACCAUGGGACCACCCGGCCGGGACCAGAGCACUGGCUCCAAGAUGGGUCAGCUGCCAGACCCUCCCCGCUGCAUUGCUUGGAGAGCUCCUUAAGGGACAUCUUGCCGGUGAGACCCUUGCGCUUUGCCUGCUUGGCCGGUCCCAGCCCUGGCCCCAGCCCCAGCCCUAGCUCCAGCUCAAGCCUGAGUAGCUCUGACGGAGAAGACCUAAAGUUGGAGCCUGAGCUCUGGCAGCAGUCCCUGCAGGUAAGGAACCACCUUCCCAGCUGCAGGCAUCCUGUCCGUUUGUCCCCAAGUCCUCAAGUGGCCCCUCUUGGCAGCAGAGGCAGCAAGUCUGGUGAAGCCCCUGGGAAAGCGGAGCCCCAAAGCUGCGGUGUCCUCAGCUCAGGAGGAGAAGCAGAGAAGGCGGCAGAAGGCAGGUCCCAGUCACCAGAGAGGGAAGAGAGUGGCUGCCAACCUGGUGUCCCCCACAGCACCGGAGAAGGCGAAGCAGUCAGGGCUCCCUGUCCUGCCCCACGGCUGGAGAAAAGACCCAGGCCUGAGGAUGGGGACGAAGCCAGGGCUCUGGAGCCUACACACGGAAGGCCCAGCACUCCAGCUGAGGCCCAAGGGAAGCUGCACCCCAGCGACUUUCCCCAGAUGGGCGAUGAGUCUUUGCAGCCACAGCCGCCAGCGUCGCCCCCUCCAGCAGCUGACCCUGCCGUGUCAUCCACUGCCUGCAGUUGUGGGAAGCCCCUGCAGCAGGAGCUGCACAGCCUCGGGGCCGCCCUCGAGGAGAAGCUGGAUCGGCUGGCCACAGUCCUGGCAGGCCUUGCUCAAGAAGUGGCCACCAUGAGGACCCAAGUGGAUCGCCUGGGGAGGCGCCCACGAGGCCCUGAGUCAAAGUCAUGGGCCCUCUCCCGGGGACCUCGCUGGGCCAACGGCCUUGGUCGCAGACAUAUGCCCUACUGGAGGCAGAAGGGUCCCCCCAGACCUAAACCAAAGAUCCUCCGGGCACAGGCUGAGGGCUGUAGGGCUGGUGAUUCCCCAGGACUCCCCAGAGGGAGGGCCCGCUCAGCACCUCAGCUACCAACUGAUGCUGCUCCCGCAGAGCCUCCUGGGCCUCCUUCCUCAGCACUCAGCUGCUGUGCUGUGCUCGGACAUAUGGGGAGCCACCAGGUGCCCCCUCCUCCUUUAGUGCCUGUUGCCUUACCCCCGCCAACGACCUCUCCCACCCCCAGUGCAGACGCAGAAUCAGCCAGGAUCCCAGGCCGGCCUAAGGAGCCCAGUGACUUGCUAGGGGGCAUGCAGCGGACCCUACAGGAGGAGCUGUGGGGUUCUGAGCACAGGGACCCACGGUGGGGGGCCCACUGACCACACUCUCCACAGGUGGCCUUGUGCCCAGGGGACAUGAUUCCCUCCCCGCCCGUUCCUGUGGCCCUUCCCAUCACUGGAGUCUUCGCCUGGUUCCCGGAUUCUGCCAGGUCCUGGGGGUGUCUGCUCCAGAGGCCCAGAAAGGCGGUACAUUCCUCAGCCACUGAGUGGCUACCUUUCUCAGGUUCAACCAGACAUUGCUUCCUGCAGCUGGCCAGCUCCUGGGUGGCUCGUGUGGACUGGUGCACAGCGUGUCCCCUGUAGCUGUGGGGCAGUCAGGAGGGCCUCUGCAGUUGUGAUCCUAGAAGCAAAUGUUGGCACAGAGCUUAUCUGGGAAGCACUCUGUCCUUUGAUCCCAGCUGGAUUUACCCCCUGUGAAUUCUAAAAUUAAAGACUGAGUUUUGCUUUGGCU